UCUAUGCAUCAGAACAAGCACUUUCGAGGAACCAUGGAUCACAUGAAUUUAGCAUACCAACUCCUGCAAGCGACCACACCUCUAGCACAACUUCUCCUGCUCGUCCCUCUCCUCCUGCUGCUGGGGCAUUCCAUCUCUCGAGGCCGUCAUGGCAGCAAGAAGCAGCGGCCGAAGCGUUGCCUUCCCCCUUCUCCUCCAGGCUUGCCCAUCAUCGGCCACCUGCACCUCGUCAGCGACCUCCCACACGUCUCCCUCCGCGGCCUCGCCGCGAAGCACGGCGGCGGCGGCCUCGCCGCGAAGCACGGCGGCGGCGGCCUCAUGCUCCUCCGAUUCGGCACUGUCCGGAGCCUGGUCGUGUCGUCCCCGCAGGCGGCGCAGCUGGUCCUGCGUACGCAGGACCACGCCUUUGCCUCGCGGCCGGCGUCCAAGGUCGCCGACGUCCUGUUCUACGGGUCGACGGACAUCGGUUUCUCCCCCUACGGCGAGCACUGGCGCCAGCUCAGGAAGCUCAUCACCACGCACCUCUUGUCCAUCAAGAAGGUGAACUCCAACCGCGACGCCCGACAUGACGAGGUGCGCCUCGUUAUGGAGAAGAUCCGGGAGGUGGCGGCUGCAGCCAAGGCGGUGGACAUCAGUGAGGCGAUGAACACGUUCGCAAACGACAUCGUGUGCCGAGCCGUGUCGGGCAAGUUCUUCAGGGCAGAAGGCAGGAACAAGCUCUUCCGGGAGCUGAUCGAGGCGAACACUCGUAUGAUCGAUGGGUUCAACCUGGAAGAGUACUUCCCAGGGGUAGCGAAAGCGUUAGGCUCGCUCACCGGCUGGUUUACGAGCAACAAGGCAGACGAGGCACGCAAAAGAUGGGACGGGUUGCUUGAAACUAUAAUAACUGACCACGAGGGACGAAGAAGAAGCUCGGAGCAUGGGCAUGUUGCUGGUGGUGUUGAGCAAGAAGAGAGUGACUUUAUCGAUGUGUUGCUCUCGGUUCAGAAGGAGUACGGCAUCACCAGAGACCAUAUCAAGGCCAUCUUGAUGGACAUGUUUGGUGCGGGCACGGACACUUCAUCGUUGGUUCUAGAGCUCGCCAUGGCGGAGCUCAUGCGCAACCCUCAGCUCAUGACCAAGCUACAAGCCGAGGUGCGGGUGAACACACCCAGAGGACAACAAAUGGUGGCGCAAGACGACAUAGCUAGCAUGACAUUUCUGAGAGCCGUUGUGAAAGAGACGCUCAGGCUGCACCCACCGGCGCCGCUGCUUCUCCCUCACCUUGCUAUGGUGGAAUGCGAGGUCGAUGGCUACACGAUCCCAGAGGGGACGCGAGUCAUCAUCAAUGAAUGGGCUAUUGGUAGAGAUCCAGAAUCCUGGGAGAAGCCGGAGCAGUUCAUGCCUGAGAGGUUCACCGAAGGUGGCAGCGCUGCGGCCAUCGACUUCAGAGGCAACGAUUUUCAGUUUGUGCCUUUCGGGGCUGGCCGGAGGAUCUGCCCUGGCCUCAACUUUGGCAUGGCUACUGUUGAGAUCAUGCUGGCAAACCUUGUCUACUGUUUUGACUGGGAGCUGCCGGCUGGCAUGAAGAAGGAGGACAUAGAUUUGACGGAGGUGUUUGGUUUGACUGUCCAUCCAAAGCAGAAGCUCGUCCUGGUCCCAAAACUACGUGCUAUUGGUGCUCAUGCCCUGCAAGCUGAGUGAUCCUUUUCAGGUCUCGUUUGGAAACACAAUGAUCCCCUUCGAUCCAUACGUACUAGGAGGGAUUGAAGGAAAACUAGCUAGUUCAUUUUCGACUCCAAUCCAUAUAAAUUAAGAGGGAAUCAGGGAAUAAAUCCAUCUAAAUAUGGCUUUGAGUGGAUGUACAUUUACCUGAUAUACAUCUACUCUAAUCCAUAUGUCCUUACGGUCUUUUGUAUAGUAGGCGUAUGUACAAUUAUACUUUACUAGUCAAGUAUACUAUAGCACGAAGGAUGUAUGUCCAUUCACCAUAUUGUACAAUAACCAUAGAGUAUUAUGAUUUCGGAUAAUUACACAAUCAGUUAUGUUUUA